AUGAUCAAUGGCCGACUGAACUUCAACACCCAUGUCGACUAUGCAUCAUCGUCGAUACUGAGGUACGGAGGCCCGGUCUGGAUCUGGGCGCUGGAUACACAGCGGAAUCGAGCGAAGCUGAGUGAUACGUUCAGGCUCAUGGCCAUGCGGGACGCGAGCGAGUACAGCACUAUCUCAUCUGAGACAGUCUGUGUUGCCGCUGGAAAGAUCCCUACCGAAAACAUCCUAGUGCAAUAUAUCGAAUGCUAUACGCGAAAGGGGACCAGGAGAACAUGGAAACCACUGAGAGCUGAUUCGAUGAUCAAAUGGUGGCAAGAUUAG